AUGUCCGGUCAAUCGAAGCUCUCCCCUUGGCAGAGCGCAGUCGCAGGGGCCACUGGAGCCGUUGUUGCAAACGCCCUCGUAUACCCCUUAGAUAUUGUGAAGACUCGACUACAAGUCCAGGUCAAAUCCCAGAAACUACUGAAAGGUGACGUCUCCGAUGGUACGGUGCAUUACGACUCUACGAUUGAUGCAAUCAAGAAGAUCUUUGCCGAUGAAGGUCUCUCUGGGCUAUACUCCGGCAUGAAUGGCUCUCUCAUUGGAGUCGCGUCGACGAACUUCGCAUACUUCUAUUGGUAUUCCACCGUCCGGACCCUAUAUAUGAAAUCACGACCGAACCAGAAACUCGGCACCGCUGCUGAGCUGGCUCUGGGUGCCGUUGCUGGAGCUAUUGCUCAGGUUUUCACAAUCCCUGUUGCGGUUAUCACGACGAGGCAGCAAACACAGCCGAAGGGGGAGAAAAAGGGGCUUAUUGAUACGGGUAAAGAGGUCGUCAAUAGCGAGGAUGGAUGGAGUGGUCUAUGGAGAGGCCUUAAGGCCAGUCUUGUUCUGGUAGUCAACCCAGCUAUCACGUACGGUGCCUAUCAACGCCUUAGAGAGAUCAUAUACCCAGGCAAGAAUAACCUGCGGCCUAUGGAAGCAUUCUGUGAGUUCUUCGUUAAACUUCUACUUCUAUUUUCCCGGCGUCUAUCCACAAAACUAACUCGGUAUCUAGUGUUGGGCGCCAUGUCCAAGAGUUUGGCUACUAUCAUCACCCAGCCGUUGAUUGUAGCCAAGGUUGGCCUACAGUCUCGCCCACCACCAUCCAGAAAAGGAAGACCCUUCAAGAGCUUUGUUGAAGUGAUGAGUUACAUUGUCGAGCAUGAAGGCACCCUAGGUCUUUUCAAAGGAAUCGGCCCCCAGAUUAUGAAAGGCCUAUUGGUUCAAGGCCUUCUAAUGAUGACCAAGGAGAGGAUCGAACUGCUCUUCGUUCUACUCUUUGCCUAUCUACGAACCCUGAAGAAGGAGAAACUUCAAAAAGUCGCUGAUGCUGCUGCUGCUAAAGCAAAGCAAUCGAUGCCAGCGACCCUAAAAUAG